UCAGGCAGCGCGGCGAUCGCCGGACACAGCGGAUCACGGAAAGAGCCGAAGAUGUCGGCUCGGUCAUGUGAUCAGCUGUGUCCAAUCAGCUGAUCACAUGAGACAUGUACACUGAUCAUCAGGGCACUGAUGAUCAGUGUGCCCUGAUGAUCAGUGUGGCCCCAGAAGUGCCACCUGUCAGUGUCCAUCAAUGCCACAUGCCAGUGCCCAUCAGUGCCACAUAUCAGUGCAUACCAGUGCACAUCAAUGCCACAUAUCAGUGCCCAUCUGAGCUGCCUUUCAAUCUCACUCAUCAGUGCCAGUCAGUGUCACCUAUCAGUGCUGCCAAUCAGUGCACCUAUCAGUGCCAGUCAGUGUCACUUAUCAGGGCACAUCAGUGCCAGUCAGUCCCUGUCAGUGCUGCCUAUCAGUGUCCUGUAUCAGUG